AUGGAGGUAGAGGAGGAGGAAAGACGCUCUCCACACGAUCAUGUGGAUCGGUGUGUUCCCGAGAGCUUCUUUGAUCGCGUAACGCAAGGGUUACGCGGCGAUCUCGAGCAUGAGCGGAAUAGGCGUCUCCAGAUGGCGGACACUGCCUCGAAGCAUCGAGCUGAGUUUGCCUUUGCUCAGCUUGAGAACGAGAGAUCUCUGACAUCUCUUCGUGACGAGCUAAGGGUAGCUCGUGGGAUUGUUGAUCGGUCUCGGGCUGAGAUAACUGCUCUUCAGACCCUUGUUGAUGCCCACCAUCGGGAACACAAGGCUCUCUGCGAGAUGCUUGAGCGCAAGGGCGUUCUUCAUCGGAAGAAGCAGCGUACUGAUGGUACGGCUUAA